AGUUAGGAGGGCAGCUGAGAGAAUGGCGAACAACUUUAGUCCUGACAGCGAGCCCACGGCACGUACGCUGUUGCGCCGCGUGCUAGAUACAGCUGACUCCUGUACCCCGCAGCGACGCAGGAGUGAUCGGAUUAGUGCUCAGAGAACCCUGCUUGAAACACCUUCCUCCAGGAGGCGGAGUAUCCAAACAAAGGUGACUGCCAGGCAGCGUUCCCAUGGAGCCAGAUCUACUGGCAGAUUGGCUCAUGGUCAAGCUGGUGGGCAACUGGAGGAACAGACACCUCGGACCCUGCUGAAGAACAUCCUAUUAACUGCCCCAGAAUCUUCUAUUGUGAUGCCACAGUCGGUGGUGAAACCAGCACCAGCACCACAAGUAGUCCAGCCCUCUAGACGGAAAAGCAGUCAGAGCAGCCUAGAACUACAACUUCCUGAACUCGAGCCCCCUCCAACCCUGGCUCCAGUCCUGCUGGGCUCUGGCAGAAGGAAACAGAAGCUGAGAUUGUCAGUGUUUCAGAAGGAAGUGGAAUGGGGACCCCAGGGAUUACCUGUCUCCCAAGAGCCUCCUGGGAAUCCUGAUGCCUCGUCCCUUACCAGCUCCCUCAACCUGACCUUUGCCACACCUCUUCAGCCACACUCAGUGAGGAAACCUGGUUUGGCCCGCAGACCUCCUACCCGCCGUGCUAUCGAUGUGGGUGCCCUUUUGCAGGAUCUGCAGAAUAAUUCCUUGGCCUCAACUCCUCUAGUUGACAACCUCAGAGCUCCUGUUGCUACUCUGCCAACAGACAUUGUGUUAGAGGAUACCCAGCCUUUCUCACAGCCCUUGGUUGGCCACUCCCCCAAUGUGCAUUAUUCCCUGCCACAUCCUUACCCUGGACCUGAAGAUGCUGAGGGGACUGUGCAUCACAGAACACAGGGUAGCAUUCCUGAGCUGCAGAACCACAAAUUACAGCCUGAGCCUGCUGAUCCUCUAGAGAUGACAGAAGCAGAGGGAUCCAAGAGGGCUAUGGAGGCUAAAAACCCAGAAGAAUCUUCAGGAGAUGAGGACAUCUCUGACAGGCCAGGUAAAAGGCCAAGUGUGAGGAGAUCCCAGAGGACUGUGGAGCCUAAAAUCCCAGAAGAAUCUUCAGGGGAUGAGGACAUCUCUGAUAGGCCAGGUAAAAGGUCAAGUGUGAAGAGAUCCCAGAGGACUAGGAGGCCUGAGGAGCCAAAAAGAUCUUCAAAGGAUGAGGACAUCUCUGACAGGCUAGGUAAAAGGCCAAGUGUGGAGAGAUCCCGGAGGGCUGUGGAGCCUGAGGAGCCAGAAAGAUCUUCAGAAGAUGAGGACAUCUCUGACAGGCCAGCAAGCUCAGAAUUGGCCUCCAACGUCCCUGAGUUUCUUCAGGCCAAACAACUGGACCAGUUUCUUGAGCCAGCCCCAUCAUCUGGUGCUACAGUCUUGUCUUCAGAGCCUCAAGAGCCUGUGUUGGCCAGAACUCACCCCAGGCCCCGAACUGCUGUUCCUAGACCCCGUCAAGAUCCUCAUAAGGGUGGACUGAACCACUAUACAAAACUCUUCAGCUUCUAUGCUAAGAUGCCUAUGGAGAGGAAGGCUCUUGAGAUGGUAGAAAAGUGCCUGGAUAAGUAUUUACAGCACCUUUGCAAUGACCUCGAAGUAUUUGCUGCUCAUGCAGGCCGCAAGACUGUGAAGCCAGAGGACCUAGAACUGCUGAUGCGACGGCAGGGCCUGGUUACCGACCAAGUCUCAUUGCAUGUGCUUGUGGAGCGGCACCUGCCCCUGGAGUACCGGCAGCUGAUCAUCCCCUGUGCAUUCAGUGGCAAUUCUGUCUUCCCUGCCCAGUAGUGGCCAGGUGUUAAUGCUUGCCUUUCCCCCACU